AUGGUCUACCCCGGAAAACCUAGCACAGGCUGCAGUACUUGCCGCUCUCGACACAUCAAAUGUGAUGAAACACGUCCGCACUGCACUGCCUGUGUCCGCUCAGGCCGGCAGUGCCCCGGAUAUCCGCACCCUCUGGACGUGAUGUUACGACCCCAGGCAGCAUUUCCUCGGAAAUCUGGAACAGCUUCCAAGACAACGGCUUCUUCCGCAAAGAGCGACAAUGUAGAUACACAGGAGCAAGCGCAAAAAGACCUUGCCACUUCUGAACUUUCGUGUAUCCCAUGCUUGCCACGUUAUCCUGGGACUUCGACUCCUCUACCCCCUCCUCAGAUUCCUGGUCGUCUUUUGUUGCCCAUGGAAGACACAGUGACCGGGUUGUUUUUCGGCUCUUACGUUUAUACCCCCAAGGAUCCUCUUGUCCGAGUAGGGUCAAUGGAGCUUCUUCCACAGCUGUACGCGGCGGCGCCACUCAAUUCUCCCGUGCGUAUGAGUGCGCUGGCUGUGUCGUAUUUCUCUGUGGCCGCUUGGACAAAUCAGGAGCAUCUGCUCCAAUACUCUCGGCAAUGCUUUGUGGAUGCUCUGAACUUGACUCGCAAAAAGCUGCAAGGCGACAUAGGUCGGUCUUUUGACGAGCUGCUCAUGACAAUGCUGCUCCUCUAUAUUUACGAGGAUCAUAGACAACCAUCCAAGGCACAUUUGCGAGGUGCGAUCGCUCUGAUUAAUAGACACCAACCCAACGAUCGAGACUCGGUUCUAUCAAAUACAUUGAGAAAUGCUGUGCAAACGGAAAUCAUAAAUGUUUCUGUGGAUGGUGCCGCUCCGCUCGUUCCAACCACCGAUGUCUGGCCACUGGUGCUUCCAAUUCAACAACUAGCUUCUUCACGGCUCACCACGGCCAGUACUGGAGCAGUAAAGCUCCGACAGCGAUGGGUGCAGUACUCUACUGCUGGUACUACGAAUCUGAACGAAGUCGAGGGUAUUCUUUCCGAAGCCUGUCUUGUGGACAGCCUGCUUCUUGCCUGGACCGAGACUCUACCCCAGCAUUGGGUCCCAAUUCCAGCAUCCUUUAUUCCCCAAUCCGUGCGAAAUGCUGGUAUCUACCAGGAUCGGUGCGACUGCUACGCGGACUUUUGGAUCGCAGAAACGUGGAACAAGUAUCGCGCUUCAAGACUCGCCGUCCAGAAAGUCAUCAUGUAUUGCUUGCAGCUCCUUCCUGACCGUACAGCCGAUAUGGAAGCGACCGUCAAAAUGAUUCGCGCCAUCGCAGCGGACACCUGCGCUACUGUACCUUUCUUUCUUGGCAGUCAGACAACCUCCGGACUGAUAAAUGCCAGUCGGGUCGAGUACCCGGCAGCAGGAACAGGGCUGAAUGCAGCGCAUCGACAGUACGCGCCAAUGCUCGGAGGGUGGUUCAUCCUCUCCUCACUGGAGAAUUUGCUCUCCGUAGAGUUCCUGACGGAAGAUCAAUAUGGCUGGGUUAAGGGCCAGGUGCAGCGGGUUCUGCAGAUAUAUACGUCGGGACUAAUGACUUCUCAUUUAUGA